AUGGCUUAUCGUCUCUCGUUCGCACUUCUAGCAUCUAUUCCUCUUGUUCUAAGCAACCCCUUUCCUCCCGCUCUUGAUGACUAUGAUGUGCUUCAAUAUGUCGAUCCGCUUAUUGGAAGUGCUAACGGAGGAAAUGUCUUCGCAGGCGCCUCGCUCCCUUAUGGUAUGGCCAAAGCUGUAGCCGAUACGAACUCGCAAAGCAACCAAGGUGGAUUCGCGUAUGACGGCAGUGAUAUUACCGGAUUUUCCAGCUUACAUGACUCGGGCACCGGUGGCCAACCUUCGCUCGGGAAUUUCCCCCUUUUCCCCUACGUCAAAUGCCGUGAUGAUGAUGUCAAUGGUUGUGUAUAUCCCAAGAAACAGCGGAAGACGAACUACAUUUCGGACUCCGUCAAGGCUAGCCCCGGGUACUUUGGGUUGACUAUGGGGUCGGGCAUCCAGGUGGAUAUGACGGUCUCCCAUCAUACAUCUCUCUUUCGCUUUCAGUUCCCAGCAGACGGCAAGUCGAGCCCGUUGAUCCUCCUCGACCUCACCGACCUGUCGGAUACGCGACAGGAUAAUGGAACCAUUUCCGUAGAUCCAACAACUGGGCGUAUGACAGGCCACGCUCGAUUCCAGCCGAGCUUUGGGAGCGGUACAUACGUGCCUUAUUUCUGCGUCGACUUUCACAGUGCUGCAGGCAUCCGAGAUAAUGGGAUUUUUGUCAACUCGCGGGCAAGCACGGAUGUGAAACACCUUCAGAUCUCGCGAAGCAUAAAUGGAUACCCUCUUCCAGGCGGCGCAUUCAUUCGCUUUAAUUCGGCACCGAAUAUCGUGGUGCAAGCCCGGAUGGGCCUUAGCUUUAUAAGCAGUGAACGUGCAUGCAGCCACGCGGAAUCCGAGAUUCCCCUGUUUGACUUCAACGGGACCCAUUCAACGGCUGUUGAUCUAUGGACGAAGAAGCUGGCCCCAGUCCGAGUAUCCAGGCAGCAUGUUAAUUCUUCUUUCCUGACAAAUUUUUACAGUGGCGUCUACCGCACCAUGAUUAACCCCCAGGAUUAUACAGGGGAGAACCCUCUUUGGAAGAGCACUGAGCCUUAUUUUGAUUCUUUCUACUGCCUCUGGGACUCAUUCCGGUCCCAGUUACCUUUUUUGUCCAUCUUUGACCCAGCCUCAUUGGCUCGGAUGAUUCGCUCAUUAAUCAACACGCAACGCCAUUUAGGAUGGCUCCCAGAUUGCCGCAUGUCUCUCUGCAAAGGGUAUACCCAGGGUGGUUCCAAUGCAGAUGUUGUUCUGGCAGAUGCGUACCUCAAGGGCAUCGAUGAAGACAUUGACUGGCAGGAGGGCUACGCAGCCGUCAGGAAAGACGCUGAGGAGGAGCCAUAUGACUGGUCCAACGAGGGCCGAGGGGGUUUGGCCAGCUGGAAAUCGUUGCGCUACAUCCCGGUUGAAGAUUUUGACCAUCUCGGCUUUGGGACUAUGACACGGAGCAUUUCACGCACUCUGGAAUAUUCAUACAACGACUUCACAAUUGCACGAAUGGCGCACGGUCUUGGAAAGACCGAUGACGUGGAAAAAUACGAAGCCAGUUCGUGCAACUGGCAGAACUUGUUCCGGGCGGAUCAAACUUCAACAAUCAAUGGUACCGAUACAGGGUUCAAGGGCUUCUUUCAGCCGAAAUAUCUUAAUGGUACAUGGGGAUACCAGGACCCUUUGACGUGUUCUAACAUUGACCAAAGCGGACGGUCAUGUUCGCUCCAGAACAAUGCGGCAGAAACAUUCGAGUCCAGUAUCUGGGAGUACCAAUUCUUCGUCCCCCAUGAUAUGGCCACCCUGAUUGCCCGUCUAGGUGGACCGUCCCAAUUCGUUCGCCGUCUCGACUACCUCCACGACAGGGGAAUAACCUACAUUGGCAACGAGCCCUCAUUCCUCACUGUCUUUCAGUACCACUACGCCGGCCGUCCGGCAAAAUCUACAGCGCGUGCCCAUUUCUACAUUCCGCGAUAUUUCAGCACCACUCCGGCAGGGUUACCCGGCAACGACGACUCGGGUGCCAUGGGCUCCUUUGUCGCUAUGACCAUGAUGGGACUCUUCCCAAACCCUGGCCAGAACGUGUACCUAAUCACUUCUCCAUAUUUCGAGUCUGUUCGCAUCACCUCGCCUCUCACGGGCCGCACAGCGACCCUGCGUGCGGUGAACUUCGAUCCUACCUACAAGAACAUCUACAUCCAGUCCGCGACGCUGGACGGGAAACUAUACACCAAGAACUGGAUUGGACAUGACUUCUUCACUAAGGGACGGGAGUUAGUGCUCGUCCUGGGUCGUAAUGAGAGUCACUGGGGAACUAGAAAUGAAGAUCUUCCGCCUUCGCUGUCGACCCGUGGACCACAGCUUCAGUGA